AUGAACGAAGUAGUGAUUUUGGCCAGCGCCGCCAUAGAAAUUAUUAAUGAGAGUUAUAAUUUGACGACCAACCACCGACAGAACGAGGAAACUUGGCUUAAUGGUAAUAUACUUGAUACAGAACUUACCGACCAGUACAUUAUUUAUCGAUGUGAUCGUAAUAAUUUGACUAGCCAGUAUCUGCAUGGUGGCGGCGUUUUGAUUGGAAUAAAAAAGGGCAUUAAGAGUAGCACAGUGUACGUUCAUGGAGCUGACCGUCUUGAGCAGAUAGCAGUCCGUGUCACAUGCGAGAGCACUACUUUUGUCAUUUGUGCUAUUUAUUUACCGCCGAAUACUGAUCUUUCUCUAUAUGAGCAACAUGUCUUUUGUGUGAAUGAGCUUUACAAUAAAUUUGGAGACCGUGAUAGGGUUGUAGUCUUAGGCGACUAUAAUUUAUCUUUGUUACGCUGGAGCUUGGAUGAGGAAGUUGGGUGUUUACUGCCGAACAAUGCGUCUUCAGAGCAUGAACAUUUAUUAGUGGCAACUAUGAUUGCCUCCGGUUUACAACAGAUUAACUUUUUAACGAACCUGCAUGGAAAACUGCUAGACUUAGCAUUUGUUAGCGAAAUUCUAGCACCACCAUUGCCACUAAUGAAACUAGAUCACCACCAUUUUCCUUUCAUUUUAAAAAUUGAAGUUCCUCAAUGCGUGCACAUGAUUGACGAUGCAGAAAUAUUCUACGAUUUCAAUCGGUGCAAUUUUCGUGAGUUAAGUGCUGAAAUUAUACGAAUUAACUGGGUUGAGAUACUGGCGCUUGGCACUUUGGAUGAAGCAAUAGAGAAAUUCUAUUAUGAAUUAGAUGCAAUUUUUCGAUAUCUCGUGCCUAGAAGAAAACGCAGAUGUCAAUCUAAUAACAAUCAACCUUGGUGGAAUGGAGAGCUGCGUAACCUCAGGAAUCGUCUAAGGAAAGCUCGCAAACGAUUUUUCCGGACAAAAAAUCUAGAUGAUAAAUUGCUCGUUCGUGAUUUGGAACACCAAUUUGAAUUAUUGAACGCAUCGUGUUUUCGGCUGUACGUUUCACGGAUGGAGAUCAAUUUGAAGGCUGACCCGAAACAAUUUUGGUCUCAUCCUGUCAGUGUCCACUAUCGUCACCAAUCUUCGUCGACAUUUUCGGAUUCAGCCAACCUAUUCUCGUCAUUCAUUCAAAGCGUGCUAAGUAAUAACUCACCGCCUUUGUCAGAAUCGUACCUGAGUAGUUUGCCGACGUAUUCUUUGAGUAUACCUGCUACUGCUUUUACUGAACGCGAGGUGUACAACAAUCUACGACAAGUCGAUGGAUAG